UCAAUUUCACCACGUUUUCCCAGUUCACGCAGUAGUUUAUUCAUCGUUCGCGUGGCAUAGGUUCUCGAUUGCCAUAGAUCCGCAGAAUCUUAAUGAUAUCUUCUUCCGGGGGGAUAAUAAUAGUGGGAAUUGUUCAACGACGAGAUAAUUUCGAGCGGUUCAAACACGGAAAAUUUUUGGAACAGUUCCGCUACCGCCAUUCGUUAAUCGAGAAAAUACUCAUGUUUCUUGGGCACGGUUGAUUUCUACCAUAUGCAUUGUUUUUCAGUACUGCACAAAAUCCAUUUUCUUGCGCACACUUUUCCGUCCUUAUUUGCUUACGAAAAUUCGCAAUAUGUACUGUGAAAGCUACGUUAGGUAGCAUGAAUAGAAUCCGUACGCCACGAGAUCAAUUACUUAUCGUCCAGCAUCCAGCCAUCAACUUUAAAACGGCGCAUCAAUUCUCGAAAAAAUAUUGAAAAUGACAACGAUUGACUCCGACUCGGAAUCUCAGGAUAGUGACGAUGGAAGACGUUUUCGUUUUGAAGCUACUAGAAAGGAUGAUAUUUUAAGACUGCACAGUGAAAACAAAAGAAGAUCGCCAGUGUCUAAAGGUUCCAAGUACAGAUCAAGAUCUAUGGAAAGAAGCAGUCACAAUAGAAGUGAUGCUGGUAAAAUGAAACAGGAUCGUGAUCGUAAGGAAGCCAACGAUCGAGUUAGGCGGAAAAAUUCUAGGGACCGAGAUUCAUUAAGGGAUAAUAAACAUGAUAAAAGUAACAAUAAAGAUUCGAGGCAUAAUAGCAAAGGAAAUAUUAAAGAAUUACCAGACUUGAAGACUUUACUGGAGGGUGAGAAACGCUGCGGUGAUUCCAAAAAUUCAAAUCACCGAGAUGGUAAAGAUUCCGUUAGAAAUUUAUCCAAUAGCAAAGAUCACAGAAACGUUAAAGAUUCGAGAUCGAGAGACUUGAAAAAUACCGGUUUACGUGCUCCAAAAGAUGUGAGAGUGAAAGAAACUAAAGACCCCAGAGAUCAGGAUGAAAAGAACUUCAAAGACUACUUGCGCGAUAAGGGUCGCGUGCCAAAACGAUCACGUGAUCCAAGUCACGACAGAUUAAUGACAGCAAAGCACAGCCACAGAUCACGGGAAAAACACGAUAGUAGAGACAGGUCAAACAAUAGGGAUAAAACUAAACCGAUGGAUGAUGAAAGGACAAAAGCCAAAAAUCCACCUCGAAAACAAUGCUCCAAGGAAACGUCGGAAAAAAAAAGUCUCAAGCGCGAUAAUCACUCGCCGAGCAAAAUACUGGAACAAAUUGGAAGCGACAGCGAGUCCGAUUUAGGUGCAUUAGAUCCGGACGUUGGUCCUGUUAUGUCCCUCGAUGCCUUGGAAGAUUGCCGAGAAAUGAACCUGUCUGAUUUUGAUAUAAUAUCGGACACGGAAGGAACAUCCCCAGACUCAUCAGAUGCCAAGUCUUCAGCAGUCAAAGGGCCGAUCAUCAGAGGAGAAAUUUUAGCACCUCAUUACUAUGGACCAAAAAUCAAAAAAAGAGUAUCUCGACGACAGUACGAACGUUUGGUGAAGAAGCAAGCGGCGUUGAAUACACACCGUUUGGAGGAGAUAUACAAGGUAAAUCCAAGGAACGACAACAUCACGCCACUAGCUCCAAGUAAUAAUAACCCUAGUGCCGUUUCAGAUUUCUUACUAGGUCCCGAGGUAUCUGUGUCUGCGGUUCGGGAUCUUCGCAGAAGCCAUAAAAGAGACGACGAAAAUAGCAAAGAUUGGAGCAAGGAACAAGAUUCGGAAGAAGAUGGAUAUAAGCUCGAAGAAAAAGGGGAUCAAGAUUCGCGUAAACUCAACUGCUUACAACUACAUAGCCUGAGCUUACCCAGCUCAAAUAAUACAAAAAAGUCAAGUCGGCGUAAAGAAUCGUUAUCAAUUAAUAAAGCCGACGAAGAUUAUCGAGGACAAAUUGUAGAUAAUGAAAUAUAUGGGCCAGUGUUGCCUCCAAAAUAUCGUCAAGAUCUUCCCUCUCACCCUAAAAUUCGUAGUGGCGAAGUAGAUACAGUCGUUAGAAAACAAAAUAUCUUCAGUGAAGUUGCUCCUUGCCACAAAGCCGGGUACAGGAGUUUUCCGAAUGAAAUGUCUCGAAGUUUGUCAGCAACAAGUUUUUCCACGGAAACAAAAUCUGAUAGUGGAAACUGCCAUUACUUUUUGCCUAAAGACUCCAGCUCCCCAGUUACAUUUGGUAAUAAUACUAAUGAACCGAGGGAUGCUAUCAUUGGCCCUAGUCUACCUCCAGCUUUCAGACUCAAUUCUGAAUUACCGAAAUCCCGAUCACAAGCAACAUGCGGUCCAAGUUUGCUGAACGAUGCAGCCAAAGUCAAAGAAGAGAUCAAACCAACCGAAGUAAUCGGGCCAAGUUUGCCGCCUGGCUUUCAGCAAGAUUAUGCGCUGAACUCUUCAACAUCAUCAGAUGAACAGUCGACGUCACCCCAACAUCCCACCAUCUCAUCAAGGUCAUCUGUGUUUGGUCCUACACUGCCUCCGUAUUUGAUGAACAAAGUGAUAGAUCACACUCUUGAGAAAUCAUGCUCUGAUUCAGAAGAUGAAGUUCUUGGACCCAUGCCAGCUGAUCAUCCGGCAGCAAUCGACAAUUACAUUCAACGGCAGUUGGAAGAUCGUGCAAGACGAAUGAAGAGCAAACUUGCUGGCCAGGACUCUGUUGUUGAGAAACGCGAAGAAUGGAUGCUGGAGCUACCAUCGGUGCAAGCUGCGAAUCUUGGGCUUGGUAAACGUCAAUUCAGAAAUAAAGCUGGACCAGAUAUGUCUGAUAGAUCUAGCUGGACCGACACUCCUGCAGACAAAGCCAGAAAAAAAGAAGAAAAGGUACUAGGGAAAACAAAAGUAGCUGAUCCAGCAAGGGAAUCACAGAAAUUGGCGAUUCAACAGCGUGACAAGGCAAUGGAAGAAAUGGCAAAAAAACAUGCAUCAAAAAAACGAAAAGAAUCUCUUCUGGAAAUUCAUAAGAAAAAACUUCACAAGAAGAAAAAGAAAGAAGAGAAGCAAGCUAAGGAGGCAGCAAAACCGACAAGGAGACCUUUUGAUCGAGACAUAGAUCUGCAGGCAAACCGAUUUGAUGAAGCACAGAAGAAAUCAAUAUUGAAAAAAGCCCAACUACUGAAUGACCGGUUCUCUCGGGGCGAGAGUAAAUAUUUAUAACGAUCAAUUUUCAUAUGAAUAAUAGGUGUGAGCUGAAUUAAGUUGCAUUCGGUAAGUAAUCGAGCCCUCUCCUUGCAGCUCAGCGAAAUAAUUGUGAAUAUCAAUGAAAUUAUGAUAAAAUAGUAAUUACAGUAUAACAGUUCGCGACAUUACACAAAUUUCGUUUUGAACUUCACGUUCAAAAAUUCAACACAAUUUUAUCGAAAUACGUGCACUCUGACGUUAUUAUAGAAAAAUCUUGUUCGGACAUCAUGUAUUCCCUGCUCUGUAAAUGGUUAUACUUAUUAUACUGAACGAAGACUUACAUUAGUGUAAAUGUACAUACAUACAUUUCUGAAUUCAAUAAUGGCAAAUCUUUUUGUGAUGAGAUACGGAUGGAUUAUAUGAUAGAUCAUCUUGCAGCUGCUGUAGCUAAAAAAAAAACAACCAAGUAAUAUUCAACAUUACUAUUCAAUCUCAGACUGCAACGAUUACGAUGUUCCAAAAUGAGUUAUCACUGAACAUGAUCAACAGCAAUUUUCAUAACUUUUAGUAUGAUCUUGUAUUAGUGUAAAAACACAGUGACUAUUAAAUAUGUACCUAUAAUAAACAAUUUAAUACUUUUAUGCUCACAGCGCUUAAUUUAUAAGAAAUCCGUUUACACUAAUUCCCCGUGUAAAUUGAAUUUCGAAACUCCAUAGCUUUAUUAUAUUCCUGUAAAUAUUAGUGUUAAAAAAAAAUGUCUUAAAUAGUUUGAAUGAUUGUCUUUAUUGUUUUCCCAGUAUGUCGUGAUUAAUAAUUUCAUUUUUUAAACUAAUCCGGAAUUGGACUCAUUAUUAUUAAAAUGAAAAUACUGUUGCUUAAUACAAAAUGAAUAUUUCGAAGGAAUUACUAAUUUAUAAUUGUAUAAUGGUGUUAGUAACAUUGCGAAUAUGUAAUACGAAUAAGAUAGCUAGUUCUGUGCUAUCAAUUCUUUUCUGUCAUUAACUUUCAGUUUGUGUGUCCUCUAGAGGCGCUAAAUCUUCCUUAGCAUUUUCUUAACAAAUAAUGUUACGAAUUUCUAUCAACAAAAUUCAUGUUGGCAAAGCUGUUUUAUCAGUUCAAACUCAAAAGUAAUCGGUGAAAAUCUAGAUUUGUUCAUGCUUGUUCAGUUUUUCAAAUGAAAAUUUAUGUUAACGGGGUGUGUCUUAGUCGAUUUCGACGUUGACGUAUGUAUCCAAAUAUCAAAGUCCAGAUACCUCACACACAAAAAAGGGCUCGACAGCCCCAUUUUACACGCAAUUGUGAUCAAAAACACUGAUUUUGAGGAAGAGCGCGGUUUUUAUAAGCAGUAUUUAUGUAACCGUGUUUCCAGGUCUCUGGCUAUCGUGCGCACUUACAUUUUCAGCAAAAUAGUAUUCAAUGGUUCAAUUCGAUAGAUUUUACCUGCGCAUCACUGUUAUUCCUUGCAAAACAGUGCACAUAGCGGUUUCGAGAAAAUGAAAAUUUUCCCUGUUCAUGGAGGCAUUGAUGGUGGUUUCCUGAAAGUUUGUUGUCAAUUCUACCGGUUGUGUGGAAAUUGCUGACUGGCCAAAAAUUCGCGAAAAAGAAAAGCUGCAAGAAACUUAUAAUACAGGUAGAACAGAAUAGAUUCCCUAAACGUGACGUACGUGUUAUUUCUAUUAAAGAAAAUACAAUAGCAAUCUAGGAUGGAAAUUUAUCAAAUCGUUUCAAUAGUCACUAUACAUAUAAUCUGUGGAAGCGAAUGAAGACUUCAAGUCAAUCGCUUAACGUUACCCAAAUAGGAAGAUACUAGAUUUUUUGAGGCACAGGGUGUCCGCCCAUGCAGCUUAAUUGAAUGCAGGCCCUUGUUUCUGAUGAAUAAUAUUGUAGAAAAUUAGGUGUUAUCAUGUGUUUUUAACAACUGAGACAGACAGCAAAAUGCUGACCAACGAAAAAUAUGCUCUUAGAUUGCUAAAAACUUGCUGCUCUACUCAGUUCCACCCAAGUUCCAUUCUACAAUUCAACUUUCUGGUUAAAAAGGUUACGGACUAUUCAAAACGAAAUUACGAAGUUUGACAUAUGUAUAUUUAACUUUUUCUUUUAUUAUAAUCACCUAUGCUAUUCAAUAAUACGAUUGGACACCAGAUCGAUUAAUACAUUAGUCCAAGUUACAAACAUCGAUGAAAAUCAUUUACAUUAAAUUACUACAUAUGCUUACUUCAUAAGAAUAUGUGAAAAGGUUGUGAAAACCAAGUAAUAAGUAUACGCUACCUUACAUCUGCAACUUACAUAGCUGUAUUAUUCAAAAGUACCUCACUCAUUACUGAAAUACAUAAAUAUAUAAAUAUAACAUUUUCAAUUCUACAUUGCCAAAGGUUUUCUUAAAUAUAAAGAUCCAAUUAUAAACUCUGCUGAAACUCAAUCUGAAGUUUACACUAGUUUAUAUUUAAACCUAAACUGAUAAGAAGAAAGUCUAUGUCAAAGAGAAAGAAAUGAAAAAAUAGAAAAGUUAUUUGUAUGCCUUAUUCCACGUAUGCAAUUUCAAAUGAAAAUGGGUAAUGGUAACUAAUCGAUUCCUAGACAUGGUAUCCGGUAAAAUAUCCGUAACAAAUUCCAGGACACUCAGGAAAAGUAGAAUUACAACGAAUGCAGAGUGCAGAAGGCACUGUACAUAAUCGGCGCAACGUACAAGAUGUACGUUAUUUCUACUACACAUGUUAGUAAGGAAAAACGAAAAACGCGAUUCGAGGCAGGAAUCGACUUUUUAAAAACAUUUACUUAGUGAACACAAAUAAAUAUAUCAUUCGCAGCAAACCUUAAAUAUAGAAUAUUUCUAAGACACAAGAAAAAUUCAAGGAUAUCUCUAGGACCUCAGGGACUUUCAGAAACACCGGACACCAUGCUAGAAAAACCCCCUUCCCCCAACAAAAAAAAAAAAAUACUCUUAAUAGCCGAGCCAAAGGAAAUGAAGGUGCGGCCCUGACCCAACUAAUUAAUUGCGAA